ACUGACACUGACCCCAAUUUCAUACGAAUCUCAGCACUUUUUUUUUUUGCUCAAGUGAAUAUCUGCACUGUUACUGAUCAUACCAGGUUGAAAAGGAAGAGCUUCCUCGCAAGAAAAUUUUACAGAGACCCCCAAUUCAACUCUUUGUACUGGUCAAGAAAUGGCGAGCUUCUGUGAUUUUCCAAAGGAGAUAGUUGAGAACAUCAUGGUGUUUGUACCUGCCGAUUCUCUGCUACAGCUGAAAUUGGUAAACAAGUUUUGCUAUUCCCUUAUCUCAGCUUUAAUCAACCACCCAGCAUUUGUAGCCAACCACCUCGUCACUGCCAAAAACCAGUCUUCCGCAUCCUUACUUUUUAGAACGCCUUACGCCCAUGUCGACCGUCGCUUUAUAGCAUUCCCAUUGUUGACCAUACUCUAUGAUUAUGGUAAGAACGACCAUUUUAAAGCUGUCACAACACCUAUAUGUAUACCGCUUAUUAAAAAUGAAAUGUAUGAGAGUAUGGAUCCUUGGGAGGAGAUUUAUCACUGUGAUGGGCUCAUUUUGCUGGUAAAGAAUCUUGGGACGAUGGUGUUAUGUAAUCCCUCUUUGAAAGAAUCCAUGGUUCUCCCAGAACCAGAAAGUGCUAUAAUAGAAGGGCCUCCUUCCGUUAUGGGAUUUGGGUUUGAUUCUGAAAACAACGAUUACAAGUGUGUUGCCAUUUGGUGCCAGAAUGAUUGCAAAGUUGAGAUAUACUCAAUGGAUUCCAAUUCUUGGAGAGAGAUCAACAUGUCUCAGCAAAUAAAGGAACUUAUAGUGUUUGCUCAUCUAUUCAAUGAUUUAUGUUGGAGAGGAGUUUGUUACUGGAUUGUGUGUAAUCCAGAAACAUAUGAAUUUGAAAUAAUCCUCAGUUUGAACCUGAGUAAUGAGGAAUUCCAUCUCAUCUUUUUGCCAGAGCUCAUAAAUUUUGAAGAUAUGACACUCCAUUAUUAUCAGUGCCACCUUUCAGUGAUGAAUGAUUCAGUUGUGAUGUAUUUGACAUCUGAAGGGGAUAACUCUCAUGAGUAUCAUUUCUUCGUGAUGGAUGAAGCCUGUGUCGGUGUUAAAGAUGCUCGUUGUUGGACAGAAUAUUUCUAUGUUGGACCACUGGAAAAUGUUAAGGAUGUGCUUUCAUUGUGGAAGAAUGAUGAGAUUCUAGUUGAAGCCAGAAAAGAUGGGCAUGUACAGUUGAUGUCUUGCAACAUUCGUACCCAAAAUUUGAAAGAUGUUGAUUGUAAUUUAGAUAGAAUCAGAUGGUAUGAUUGGUAUUGUUUCUAUGUAAAAAGUCUGAUUUCUAUUAGAAGGAGUUGAAGUUCGAUCAGUUUCAAAGUUGUUGGAGACUUGUUCCAAUGUAAUGUAAGGGCAUAUAUAUUAGUUCUUUGUGUUUGGUUUGGUGUCAAAUGAUGAUUGUAACUUAUAACUCAAUUACAAAAAUCAAUAAUAAUUGGUGACUAAUUUUUAA